CUUGUGCCAGAAACACUUUCCAUCUUGAAUUUCUGCAAAAGACUGUUUAUAUUCUAAACAGCCAAUCAGAGGCUAAUGUAGAAGAUAUGUCGAUCUGAACUACUUUGCCAACCUGUUUAAGUUAAAUGGGAAAUGGCCUCGAACGAAACAUGUUCAGACUGUGUGUAACCGCACUCAUCAGCUGAACAUGUUCACCUGAAGUAGUUCAGACUCCCGUGUAACCGCGCCCUAAGAUACAGUUAUUUACAUAUUGACUUAGCUGAUUUGGCUGUUGUAUAAUGUUUAUCUGGCAGCUGAAUUGUAGUUCCAUGCUAUAUAAAUGGUUUAAUAUCAAGGUAUAUAAGAUUUAAGUAAGAAGCUUCUAUUAUAAUUUACUACACAGGUCCAUUGUAAGUGGGAAAUGGAGUCUGAUGUGGAAAGCUGUGAUGUAGUUGAAGUUCUUCCUACCCAGGAAAGAUUUUCACAGAGAGAGAUAUUUUCCUUGUUCCUGGGUACAGAUAUUGCCAGUGCACCUGAGCAGGUUCCUCCAUGCUUAUUUAUGCAAGAAAUGUUGAUGACAACGGAGCAGAGGAAUCAGAAAUUAGCUGUGCCGCAGACCAACUCCAAAUAUGAAAAACUUUUCGGCCUGGAUAAUGUUUUCAGGAUUGUUCCACGGAUAAUACUAUUUCAGUGUGUUAAACCAGGGGAUACCAGCACGGUUGCUCUGUCCAUUCGGAAUGCUGGCAAGAUGCCCAGACCUCUUCGCAUGGCCUCCACAAACUCUCCGAACUUCCAAAUAAACUACAAAUCUCAGGAUCUUGUGAUGCGUGUGGCUCCAGGACUUUCUGCUGUUUUCGAGGUCAAGUUCCUGCCUGAUGAAUUCAGGGACUACAAACACGAGAUAACAUUCUUCACGGAGCUUUCCAAAAUCACAGUUCCCGUUUAUGCGAUCGGACCUCGCCCACUUCUGGAUUUUCCAGAUUCCAUUUGUAUGCCUUCCACAGCUGUAAAAAUUAGUUCAACUAAAUCCAUCAUAAUUCGCAACAUGGGGGAGAUACCAGCUGUUUUCGUCCUCUCCACUGAAAGGCCGUUCGUGAUCCACCCUGAAAGAGCCAUUCUCGCAGUCGGUGAACUGAUGCAAGUUAUAAUUACCUUCACUUGCUUCAAGGCUGGAAGUUUUGCUGGCAAGCUUAAUGUGAACUACGAGACAGGUGAAAGAUUGGUCGUUAGUCUUCACGGAACGGCGAAAAAUGACAACAUCGAACUGAGUCGUGACACUGUGCAGUUCCAAGACACAUUUGUAGGCUUGAAGCGACAAGACAGCGUUACCUUGCACAAUGCAGGCAGUCAUGUGAUACAGUUUAAGUGGCUGUCAGCAUCAGAGGAAAAGGCUUUGGAGACAUCUGAGGAAUCAGGAUGUGAAGAAAACCUCUUCAGUGAUCCAAAUUUUUCUUUUAUCCCUCAAUCAGGGGAAGUUUGGCCCGGUGGUUCGGUGGACACGACCUUGAUCUUCGAGCCCAAGCACGGCACGGUGCACGAGGUGUCUGCAUGCUGCGAAGUGACGGGAAGGGAGUCUUGCAUCGCUCUGACUGUGAGGGGACGCGGACUGGGACCUCGCAUCGCGCUGAACCUAGAGUCUCUGGACGUCUCGUUCGUCUUCCUCGGCUCCGUGCAGAGUUACGAGGUUGUGUGUGCGAACAAGGGUGACAUCUGUGGAACGGUCAGCUACGCCGGCAAGCCCCUCUUGUUCGGCGGCGAACUGCGGUGCUCGCCCGCUAGCCACAGGCUGGCCCCCGGGGAGACGAGGGCGUUCGUGCUGAGCUUCUGCAGCAACCACUCGGGGGACUUCAGCGAGAGGAUCGCCUUCCUUGUCCAGGAGUCCCUCGAAGAAGUGGCGUUCACACUCAAGGGAAGAAUUAUCAAUCCAACUCUUCAUUUCACCAUUAGCGAACUUAAUCUCGGGGAAAUACCAAUAGGGUUUGUCACUGAGAAACGUCUGACGUUAUGCAACAAGACCCUUGUGCCUGUGGUGUAUUCUUUGAAGGUCAAGUCAGAUGGGAAUGAACCGAGUAUUACUUUUGAAGAGUAUGCUCGGAUGGGUGUGAAUAAAAUAAUUCCAACUUAUCCUCAAGAAUUUACUUUCGACCCAAUGGAAAAUGUGAUUGAGCCUUCAUCUUGUACUACUGUAAAGCUGUUCGCUGUCCCAAACAUUGCUCGUCACCGUUCGACUUCAGUAUUAGUGACGAUACACAACUCGGAGGACGAUCCUGCGAGUCUCCCGCUCACAUACGUUGCCGCGUACCCGCACAUUAUUGCUGAGCCAAGUGAUUUGACCAUGGAGUGUUUUAUCAAUUUUCCAUACAACCAGACAUUCACGCUGGUCAACGACUCUAACGUUAUUGGUUACUUCUACAUUCUUCCUCAGAAGGUGAAUGCAAAUAACCCAAUAACGUACUCCUUUGCUUUAAAUGAGUCAGUGAUCAAACCCAAGUCAAGAAUUGAUAUUCCAGUUACAAUCAUAACAAGUGAACUCGGAGUUCAGUCAACCACGAUCAAGCUGCUGGUGAUGGGGGCGGGGGAAGCGGUCGACCUGUGCCGGCUCACCUGCACCGGCCGGGGCCCCGUCGUCUCCGUGCAGCCCGACCGCCUGCGGUGGGGGGUGGUGGACCUGCUCCAGCCGUCCACCCGCUCCUUCUCCCUCGCCAACGACUCCCCCGUCCCGGCGCCCUUCCGCAUCACCGUCAGCAAGCGUUUCGGCAGGUGGACGGCGAGUCCCGACCAGGGCGUGGUGGGGCCGAACAGCGUCCUCCGGGUGGACGCCACCGCGAUCCUGACGGACGUCGGCAAAUUCUCGGCCAAACUGAGCGUCCAGGUGGGGAGCAGUCUCAGCCUGGAGGUCAGGAUGGAGGCCCAGGGGGAAGGAACGAGCAUAGUGGCCGAUCCCUCUGUGGUGCCCGAGCUCAACUUGGGCACCAUCUUCAGCCAUCAGACGGUUGAACGUCAAAUACUAUUAAAGAAUGAAGGAACCAAACAUCAUCAGUUGCAGUGGAGUUUCACUCCUGACGUGACGAAGGCUGGAAAAUUGUCAACGACGAUUUCAAAAAAGUCAAACUUUGAAAUAAUUACUGCAAAAAUGAGUCUAUUGCCAGAAGAAAGUUCAAAGUUAACUGUUAGAGCAAAAAGUGAAAGGGCGGAAACAGUGAGAGAGGAGCUGUAUUGCGCUGCUGUUAUCGAUAAUGCUGGCAAGUCGCAGCUAAUAUAUUCCACUUCCAUCACAGCCGACUUUGUGGACCCGCUCGUGGUUUUUUCUAAACCAGACCUGGUUUUCUGCACAAAUGUUCUAGAAGAUGAGCCUGAAGCACUUACAGACACUUUGCAGUUGGCGAACCAGACCAUCCUUCCUCUGACUGUCGUACUGCAGGCGGACGCUCCGUUCCACAUCGCCUCUGAGAAGGGAGACUGGGUCACCCAGACCACUCUGCGAAUGGAAGGAUUGUCGGCCGCCGAACUGGAAAUAUGUUUCGAUCCCACAUUUGCUGCAGAUCGACAUUCUAAAGUGGCUGAAGGUUUCAUAAGAGUGCACUUUGAAGAACAUCCACAAAAAGUGAAAUUUCCCUUGAGAGGUGAAGUGAACUUCCCCAACGUGAAAGUGGUAUCUGAAAUCGACUUUGGCUGUAUUUCAGUUGGUACCAAUGGCUGCAAAGAUAUUAUGUUGCAGAAUGUUAGCCCUCUACCAGUUGACUAUAGCUGGUCAUGGAUGCUUAGCAGUUCAGAUAUAGUCUUGGCUGAAAAUGAGCAGGACGAAGUGGACUGCAGCCAGUGGAGCAGGAGUGUUGGCGAGCCCAGCAAGCACAUCAGCUUCAUGGUUGUGGGAGACACCGGGGCAAGCAUCCUGAGGGGUCCGGGCGAGCCCCAGGCGCCCGCCGAGCCGGCAGAGGACGGACACGGCGCGGGGGUCGCCGGGGACCCGUCUUGGAAGAGCAGGCUGUUCCAGCUCGUCGCACCCUUUCACGUCGAGGAGCGUGAUGCGGAGGCCUUCGAAGUGUUGCCCGUGGAAAUCAAAGUACCGCCAGUUUUGAAGUAUUUUGAGGUGACGCCUCAUCGCGGCCACCUGGAGCCGUACGAGUCGACGGUGAUGUGGGUGUCGUUCUUCGGGGAGGACGCAGUGACGGCCAGCGUGGGAGCCCGCUGCAGUGUGAGGGGCGGCGCGACGGAGACCGUCAGGGUGAGCGCCGCGGCGUCCCGGGUCACGUACCGCCUCAGCAGGGAACGCGUUGAUUUCGGCAGUCAGGUGUUCUUGAAGAAGUGCCAGGACGUGGUGGUUCUGUGGAACCCCGGGAACAUGCCCUUCGACUUUGCGGUGCGGCACGGCCAGUCGGACAGCGACCCCCUGCACGGCAUGUUCGGGGUGGAACCCAUGUCAGGGCACUUGCCAGCCGGCGGGGAGAUCGCGCUCUCCGUCACUUUCCUACCGGGCGCCUCGGGGAAGUUCGUGGGGGAGUUCCAUUUGGAGAUAGCAUAUCUCAACCCUGUUGCAAUCCGUGUAGAAGGUUUUGGAUCGAUUCCACAACUGUAUGUGGAUCUUCCUCGACCUGCAUUGCUAGCUCUACCCGAAGCAAUGGGAUACAAGGCCAUUUCUGCUAUUGAGAAUGGUUGGCAUCCUCCAGAAAUCAUUACAGAUGAUAAUCUUAAAGAAAAUGUUACAAAUGAUGAUCCUGUAGACAAAGAUACAGUUGCAGAAAAUGGUUCUUUGGAAAAAUUUGCAGAAGAUGGUUCUAUGGAAAAAGUUGCAGAAAAUGGUUCUCUGGAAAAAGUUGCAGAAAAUGGUUCUCUGGAAAAAGUUGCAGAAAAUGGUUCUCUGGAACAAGUUGCAGAAAAUGGUUCUCUGGAACAAGUUGCAGAAAAUGGUUCUCUUGACAAAGUUGCAGAAGACGGUCAUACAGAAAAAGCUACAGAUGCUGGUUUAGAAAACUUUACAUUCAAUAAGUGUUUUCUUGAUGACAAGUUGAUGCUGGUUGACUGGGUAUUAGAGUGUGAAAAGGAUAGUUAUCCAAGUGUAGCUGAUACUGAGCUUGCUGUAGAGAGACUGGUUGCCUACAAACAUCUUGUGAACAAUCCACACAUUCUUCUCCAUAUCGGCUAUGCAAAUGAAACUAAGCCCAUUCCAGAGUUGUAUGUUCCUCCAUAUACAUUGGAUGUAGGAGCAGUCAUUGCUGGAACAGAAGUAAGUUAUGCUGUAUUGAUAACCAAUUCUGCGCCAUCAAACUUGUACGUGAAGCUGGCGAAAAUGGACCAAAGCAACAGUGGGAAAGAGUAUGGCUUUUCCGUAGGAUUAUCUAAGCAAAAUUUAUCUGUUGGUGGUUCAGCUGAAUUAUUGUUUACUUGGAAGCCACCAGUAAAAAAUUUUUCUACGAACAAAGAAGAUUUCAGCCUCUCUGUUAUCCUGGAGGUUGCUGGUGGUGCAAACAUCGCGAUAACUACUGUUGGUUUCAUCACAGUUCCAUCUGUGGUAGUUCAGCCUCUCAUCGUUGACUUUGACACAGUGAAAACUGGAUUCAAAAGAGUGAUGGCAGUAGUUGUGAAAAAUGAGGGUUGGGUACCAUGUAUUUGGAAAGCAGAAGUGAAACCCCAAUUAUAUGCCUCAAAAAAGAAACGUACCGAAGUUAUUGAAGAUACUGUUUCUGCUUUCACAGUAAAUGUAGUUGAAAAAUGCUUUGAUCUUGGUGUUGCUGAUAUGUUGGAAAUUAGUUUUACACCUUUUACUCCGGGUGAUCACAAAGCAUAUUUGGUUCUCACCAUGCAACAGAAUCCGAUUAAGGGUGUUGUGGUGUUGCAAGGAAAUGCAGUAGAGCCAAAACUCGCAAUCAGUGAAACGGAAAUCGAAUUCCCACCCUGUUUGCCUUAUCAGCAGAGCGAAGAAAGACAAUUCACGAUCACGAACCCAUGCACAUUUCCUGUGGAAGUGUUUCUAACAGACCUUGACAGCCAACUCAUUGAAGAAGAAAGGGUUUUGGAGGUGUUGUUCCGUCUCUACGAGACGAAGGUAUUGGUGCUACCAGAGAGAACACCAGGAGACAAACUACCCUAUGAAUUACUAGAGUUCUAUCAGUGUUUUUUGAAGAGUGUCAGAGAUGGUUUAAGAAGUAAAGAGAAAUUGCAAGAAACUACCAGAAAUUCUGAAGAAGUUGAGAACGACAAGAGCAAAGACCAGAAGAAAAUCGCUCCAGAUGCAUUGGUAGCAGCCAACAGAACCACUGCAGACACAGCAACGGACUUGCUUCACGAAGAUCCUCUUGCGUUGAAAACUGACGAAGAAAUAUUUUUGCUGAUAGAUGAAUACCUGGGGGAAAUGAAGAGAACCGGGGACUUUGCCCCAUGUGGAAACGACCCUCUGCAGAAAGUGCUAGCCAGUGCCCAGCCUGAGCUUCCGGCUGCCGUAGAAGGCUCGUCCAGAGACGGAGUGUUGAUUGUUUUUCACGGUGCUCCAUUGACAGAGAGUGUGUAUGCAGCACACAAGAUGGGUAAAACAUUAGGAAUACCAGUUCUUAAUAUUGACCAAAUAAUAUUGGAACAGGUUGUUUACGGAAACACAGUACUGGGAAGGAAAGUGUAUGAUUUAAUAAACACAGUGUAUAAGAGUGAACUUGAAAAUGGCAUUGAUAAAAGUUUAACUGUGCAAGAUAAUGAAAAUCAACAAAUUCCUGAGCAAUUAGAAGAUUUUUCAGGUUGUGAUUCAAUGGAAGAGAUUGUUUGGAAGGUAGCGUUUCUAGAGAAAAGACGCCAUGAGAAGCUCAAGCCGCUGAGCGCAGCCACGGGGAAAGGCGCGAAACGGCCCAAGAGUGGUGGCAGCAAGCCGAGCUCGCAGCGCUCGCCGCGUGCCGGGAAGGCCGGGACCAAUAAGCGCCAGCGCCAGGCGCAGUCUGCUCCCGUCGAAGACUGCAGCUCGCUCGCGGGCCUCCCUCUAGACCUGUUGCGCGGCCUGAUGGCGGAAAGUUUUCGCCUGCCCGGCUUGAGUCGAGGGCUGGUGGUGGAAAGUCUGAGGAGCACUUUCCUCCCGUGCGUGCCCGUCGCGCUGACCGCGCUGCUUGCGGCGGCUGGGAACGUCGCCCACAUCCUCGGUGUUGUCUCGAACUACUCGCCCGACAGCCACUACAAGUGGCUGUCCGAAAAAGAGCGCAAGGAAGAACUUGAAAAAGCUGCGCAUUACCAAACAAAGCUGGAGAUGUUUGAAAAUUUGGACGACAGUGAAAUAGAUAUGCUUGAAGCUGAUGACCAGGCAUUAUACGAUCAAAUGCAGUUAGAUAAAAGAAGAAAAUUACUGAAGUUAAGAAUUGAAGCUAAACAGAAAAAACAGCUGGAAAAAAAGGAGAAACAGGAUAAACGAAAAUUGAAGUCCAAGAAAAAAUCUAAAGAAAAGCCGGGUAAGAAGGCAAAGAAGAAGGGGAAGAGCGCGGAGAAGGUGGCGGGCCGCUCGGGCAAGUCCGAGACAAAGUCGAGCCACAGCGGGAGCAGCAGCAAGGGCAAGAAGAAGGGGCAGAAGUCCGCGGAGAAUAGCGCGGAGAAGGUGGCCUCGGGCAAGUCCGAGACAAAGCCGAGUCCCAGCAGGAGCAGCGGCAAGGGCAAGAAGAAGGGGCAGAAGUCCGCGGAGAAGGUGGCCUCGGACAAGUCCGAGACGAAGCAAAGUCGCAGCGGGAGCAGCGGCAAGGGCAAGAAGCUGCGAGGAGCCAAGAGCUCCAGCAGCAGAAAGGGCGCGGCCAAACGUUCACAGGAGACUGAAGCUAAUGGGUUAGAAAAAGAGAUUCUGUCGGCAUUUGGUGUUUACCAAAGUGACUUCUUUGAAAUUAUAAGCCUGUUCCAAAACUGGGACAAACAAAAAGGAGCUGUAGUGGGCACCAUGUCAGAAAAUAUAUUGUCUGCAGCACCAGCAAAAAAACUUAACAAAGCCAAACAAGAAAUGGAAUCUCAACUGCCAGCAUAUCUUAGUGUUCCUGUUUUAGGACCUAACGCCUCACCAGAGGCUAUUAAAAACCUUGGAAUUCCAGUUUGGGUUAUGAACUGCACAAGUCCGGAAACACCACCAGCGAACACUUUCGUACAAGCUCUCAUUGAUGAUACGCGUUUACAAGACGUGUUUGCGCUCCUGCGCAAGCCGCGCGAGCUGCUUCCUCCGGAAGCCGCCACGUACCUGUACGUCCUGCGCAGAGAGCCCAGGAGAGGCGAUGGCUAUUCGAGCGUGUUCCCGAUAUCUCCCGUGGAACCGGUGUUGCUCGACGCGCCACCCACGGAAGAGGUGGAUGACUCAAUCAAGACUUCAACUGAGUUGGAAAGUGCUCGGAAAUCAGAGAGAGGCAAACUGAAGAAAACCACCAGUAAAACUGACGUCUCACUUCCAUUGCCUUCAACACAGCAAAAUGGCAUCAGGAAAUCAAUAGCUGACUCUCCAGAUGAACGCGGCCAGUUCAGUAGCCGCUGGGUGCUGCCGCCUGGUGGGAGCAUCGACUGGAAGGUGGCGUUCGAGCCGAGGCAGGCAGGGGAGUACUCGCACACCUACACAGUGGGAGUGACAGCGUGGGACCGCCAGUACUCCGUCACGAGCCGCGGGACAUGUGGCCUCCCGGACGUCAGCACGAGUCCACAAGUCAUUUUCCCUCAGGUUUCUGAAACUGUGCCAAAAGAAAGAACAUUUUCUCCUACGUAUUUUAUUGAAAAUGAUGCAUUUGACUUGGGUUCAGUUAUUACCUCUAAACCCAAAGAUAAGAACUUUCAUCAAGUAACAGCAAGCCUUAACUUUGAGAAUGUAAGUCUUCUUCCUGCAACAAUUAAUUUCAGUUUUUUGGACAAGAUCACGGACAAGGUGGACUGUUUUACCUUCGAACCAAGUACACUUUUCCUAGAGCCUGGAAAACGUGAAGUACUUAAAUUGAUGGCUACUCCACAUUUGCUGGGACUUUUGUCCGAAGUGUUAGUUUGUAGCAUCAAGAACAAUCCUAAAGUACAUCUCUUCAAGAUAAUUUGCAGUGGAGCCAGGAUCGAGUUUGAAGUCGACGUCAAAAAUGUUGUAUUCGGCCCAUCAUUGUUGUAUCGUAAGGAUACGAAGAUUGUUACCUUGAAGAAUAAAAGUCCAGUUGCCCUUUUGUGGAGAUUUUUCGGCACUGAUUCGUUGAAAGCCGACUUUGAGAUGUCUGUCUCAGAAGGUGUUGUAAUUCCAUAUUCAGAGCAGCAAGUUCACAUUACGUACACUGCAUCCAAGAUACAGACGAUAACCAAGAAGCCAGUUAGGCUUGAAGUGUUCCUGGACGAGACGCACCACGAGCCUGCUUUGUCGGAGCUGGUCUCCCUGAGCGCGGAGACCUACGACGUGGUGGUGGACGUCAAGUUCCCCCCACCCGGCGACGACCAUCUCGACUUCGGGGCCUCCCUGGUCGGGCAGGAGCAGCAGCAGGCGCUGGUGCUCAGGAACAAGGGCAAAUACGACAUCUCGUUCAAGAUAACACGGAAUAAAGCUGCAUUUGAAAAAUACCGCAAACUGAAAGACAUGAUUGUGAUAAGUCCUGACUCUGGAGUACUGCUUCAUUCAAAGAAACCUUUCCCAGUCCAGGUAAAAGUGAAACCUCAAGAGGAAAUACAAAUAAAUAAAACACCUACAUUUAAUAUCACUAUUUUACAAAAUGAAAGUACAGUUGUUGCAAUUAUACCUAUUCAGUUGUCCAUGACUGCUUCAUAUGCAAACUUUGUGAUUGAACCUCUCCCGGAGAUCAAUUUUGGUCCACUGGUGGUGACAUCGAAGGAGUCAUUAAUUCUUAGCAUAAAAAAUAUUGGCUCAUAUGAGUUCAGAUAUAUUGUUGCAACUACAAACACUGUUGACCAACCACCUACUGAAAAAAAAAAGGGAACUGGUACUAAGAAAAUCAAAGAGAAGAAAAAGUCACAGAAGAAAGGUUUGAAAAAUUCAUCUUCAAAAGCUUCAUCAAAAGCUGACAGGACCGAAGCCAAACAACUUACGGUUGGCAUGUUCGUUGUGUCCUCUUCAACCGGCACGGUGGCGUCUUCCGAGUCUGUCCAGCUGCCAGUGGAGUGCGUCCUUAAUGCAGAAGGUGUCUUCCAGGAGAAAAUCUUUGUCCAUAUAUUUGGAAGUCGUCCCGAGUUUAAAGGGGGAGUUCCCGUACAACUUAUGGCACAAGGAUGUUUGCCAACUGUAGAUUACAAGAACAUUGAAAAUAUAUUUAGGGAGCACUACAUUUGUGAAUCAAUAGACUCAUUUGAACAUCGCAAUACUGAGGCCGGCGGCCACUGCAUCUUCAGCAAGGAGGACGAGACGCUGUGGUUCCGCAACGUGUGCGUGGGCACGGCGCUCUCCGCCCGCCUGAGGCUGUCGAACCCGGGGCUUGUGCCGAGCCUUCUCCACGCCUCGGCCGGCGGCGACCCCUUCUCAAUCGGCCCGCAGGACCUGGCGGUCACUCCGCUGAGCACCGAGGUCCUCACCGUCACGUUCGCUCCGUCCCGGCUCGAGACGUACACUUCGAAACUGGAGGUAGUGCUGGAGAUGCCACCCGGGAUGAAGUCGGUGAAGAUGGUGUUCAGGCUGCACGGGGAGAGCUGCAUCCCGGAGGUGAGGAUCACGGCGCCGGGCAGCAAGACGGACGAGGGCAACACGCUCGUGGCAUUCGAGCCGACGAUACUGGAGCAAGUCAGGUCCCGCCAGUUCUCGCUGUGCAACGCCGGAGCUGUGCCGUGCAAGGUUUUUAUGGAGCUCCCGAGAAUCAGUGGAAAUGUUUUCUCUGUCCACCCUGUUGAGGAUUCAAUGCACAGUGUUCUUUUUUUGAUUAAAAAUGAGCCCGUGCAGAACACCACGAUCAUCGCCUUGAACCCCGGGGAAUCGGCGGCAUUCAGCGUCAGCUUCCAGCCCCGCGAGGCGGGGUUGUUCGAGGCCGUCCUGAAGCUGUACGUCGUGGACAACCCGUUUGAAAACAUGAGGGUGGUGCUCCGGGGACGCGGCUACCGGGAAGACGUCACGCUCGAGGGCGCGAACAUCGAGCCUCUCGUGGCCGGCGACGACGACGAACCUUCCAGCGUUCAGGGCUACCACCUCGAUCUCGGGCGCUGCAACAUCGUCAGAGCUGUGAGUGUGGAUUUCAAGGUGGUUAACCACUGCGGGAUGAGCACCUACCGCUUCGAGUGGAAGCCCCGUCCGAACGUGAAAAUAGUUCCGCACGCGGGUCACUUGGCUCCGAGCACAUCCACGGACUGUGUUUUCAGCUUCAGCACUUCAGAACCCGUCUCCUUUGACAAGGUUGCAAUUGAAUGCGUUGUAGCGAAGAUCAAUAUUUUGGAUGUUUACAAGCGAUCACAUUGGGACAGUCAGCAGGUGGUUGCAAAAUGGUCGAGAGAAGUUGACAGUAGCAUCAGUUCAGAAAUAUCUCUUGGACUGAAAAAUGCCUCUGCUGGAAAUGAUUUCAACAGCUUUGAUAACAGCGAGGACCAGCGGGUGGUCUUGUCAACGAGUGAGCCCGAGCAUGAGGUGGUUGCUGGUAGCGCGAGGUCUGUUUUCCUGCUGGUCUCUGUGACUGCUGACUACGCCAAGUGUGCUUGCAGUGUGGGGGAAGUACUGUUCAAGGACACACUUAUGUUCAAGAACCGUGUGUUCGAACUGGAGCUGGUGAACACUGGCGUGGUCCCCGCGGACUACGAGUGGGUUGUGACGGUGGGCGACCGCCCACCUGCGCUCCACAGCCCGGCCGCGGCAUUGCCGCCCUCGCUGCCUCUUCGACCACUCUCGGCGACAUGCUCGCGCUCCCGGCCACGCUCCGGCCGGAAGACUGCUCGACCUCUCACUGGUAGAGAGCCGCUCGUGGACACCACACUGCCCAAGGCGGCGGUGCGAUCAAGCGAUGCUUCAGCGUCCUCCCCCAGAAGCAUUGUUGUUUCUUCGCACGGGGACGACUACAUCCCCUUCAGCGUGGAGCCGGGCAGGGGCGUGCUGAUGCCCGGCGAGACCUUGGCAGCGAGGGUGACGUUCUCGCCGUUCGACACUCACGAGCACAGGGCGACUCUGGAGUGCCUGAUCCCCGGCUCGGACCCGGGCCAGGGGCGCGUGCAGGUGGCGCUCUGCGGGCGGGGGCUGAUGCCGUACUGCCACCUGGAGGUGGAGCAGUCGGACUACCUGAGCGGCGGCCGUCGCGACCCGGCUCUGCCCUCCCCCGUGGUGCCGCUGGAGUCCGGCACCUGCACCGUCGAGCUGGCCGUCCUGGGCGUGGGGGCCACCUGCACCAAGGAGUUCUACAUUGUCAACCCAACAGAACAAAAUUAUGCGUUCUUUUGGCGCAAGGAUUUUCCUUCCUCGACGAACUUGGUGGAGCCAAUUGUUUGCCACACGCCGCAUGGCUUCUUAGAGAGCGGCAAGAAGAUACAAGUCUCGUUCAGUUUUACAGCGGCAGACGUCGGAGUGUUUGAGUCGUUCUGGACGCUCACCAUUCCACUGUUUGACGUCCAGACGUUGUUUCUGCUCGUCGGCAUAGCCAAGGAGCCUUCGGUUUACUUUCUGAAAGCUCACGUGAACUUGCAGCCAACAGUCAAAGGUGUGAAGACACAGACAGACUUUGUUCUUGUAAACGAUGAAGACAUCGCUUUGAGUUUUAAUUUUGUAAGUGAAUCCUUAUUUUCCGAUGGACGUGCUGAGAAGUUGAACGUACAACCAGUUGCUGGUGUUUUAUCCCCGAUGAGCGAACAGAAAAUGAGUGUGGAUUACGUGCCAGCAAUGCCAGGGGAGCGACUGUUCUCGCUGAAAUGCAAAGUGGAGAAGUUGAGAAACCCACUGGAGAUCAGCGUUCUAGCCAUGUGUUAUAGCGUGGAGCCACUGAUCUCCUGGCAAGAUGUGGACUGCAAGAAACACAAGCUCCAUCUCACUGGAGACAAUGUACUUGACUUCAAAGAAGUGUCUUCACGUCAGUCCACCAACAUAACAUUUAGAAUUGUGAAUUCUGGAAAGAUUUCGUUUUGCUAUCAGUUCAAGUAUGAUGAAGAUAAACUACGCGUCAGUGGCUUCCAGCUGCAAUUCACCGACAAAGGUGGCAGAGUUGCACCGUACAGUCACGUAGCUGUCACAGUCUCGUGCACAGCAUUCAAAGAUAGAAAUUUGGAUGACUUUAAAGUUUAUCUGGAGAUAAGGGGAGGUCCAACGUACAGAAUGCGAGUUCGGGCAAAAUCUGUUUGCUUGCACUUCCAAUUCAGUUUCUCCAAAUAUGAUUUUGGCCCAUGCAUCAUUCAAAACCAACACAAACAAAAUUACAAGAAGGAGCUUGUGUUUAAGAACAACGAAGAAACAUCUUCACUUCUGUUGGAGUGUAAAUACGAGAGCACUCCUCACCUUGACGUGUCCAAGACGAGCCGCCCGGUCCCGGCGGGACAGUCCACAACUGUUAGCAUAUGCUUCAGUCCUGUCGAAGCUAGGAAAUAUUGUGAAACUAUUGUGUUUGUCGUCAAUGGCAGCAUACAGAAGGAGAUACAGGUUUCUGGGGAGGGCACAGAAUUGAAGGUGCUGCUGGUGAACAGCCAGCACAGGACGACCGUGCUGGGGGCGCUGCAGGCGGGCCAGGUCGCAGUGAAGCACGUCCCUGUCGUGAACAAGAGCAAGGUGGCGGCCAGGAUGGACUUCUGCCUCGAAGACCCGCCGGCCGAUCUGUCCGGCACCCUGAAGGUUGUGCCCAGCGCUCCCAUCACCAUGCAGCCGGGGGAAGUCGUCAGGAUGAGCGUUAUAUUUGCUCCGACCAAGACAAUCAAACCAUUUUCCCAAAACAUUCUGAUGCAGUGCAACAAGCAAAGUCAACCCCUUUUCACGGUGAAGGGAAGUUGUGUGGGCUACGAGUUUGUGUUGGAUCGCACGUACUUGACAUUUGGAGCCGUGACGGAGGGCUGCUCUUCCACCCUGAAGCUAGUGCUCUCUAAUGUUGGCGACCUUGGAUCUAGGUUCUCUUGGAAAAAAGAUGCGUGUGAUGAAAACUUCACCAUCACCCCGGAAACGGGCUACUGCUCCCCCGGAUGUGUGGUCACUUUCACCGUGGUCUUUCAUCCUCGGCAGCAGAUACUGAACAUCCGCUCUCAGGUGCAGUGUGAAAUAGAGAAUCACAGCUUGCUGUCAGUCGUCUUGUCUGGCAGUUGCGUCGCGGUGCCUCAGCCCAAGGAGGCAGUGAACUUCGUCUGUGCGGUCCGGCAGCGAGACAGGAAGAACGUGACUGUUUCCAACAAGACGAGCCACGCCUGGCAGCUGUACCCCCAGGUGUCGGGGGACUUCUUCUCGGGCGCCGACAUCCUGACCGUCCCGCCGCGCUCCACCGAGCCGUACGAAGUGACUUACGCUCCGCUCACCAUGACGCACGACUCUCCGCACUCCGGGUCGGUGCUGUUCUGCCUGCCCGACGGGACGGCGGUGCUCCACGCCCUGCGGGGCUCCGCCCGGCCCCCGCCGCCCGAGGCCAGGCUCGCCCGAGACGUCUCGUGCAAGACGGACCACGCGGAGCUGCUGCCCGUCACCAACUGGCUCCAGCGGGCGCAGCGGUUCGCCGUCGCCACCUCGCUGGUCCGGACCGAGAAGUACGACCCGCUCUUCUCCGUGUCGGGCAGCGACUACCUCGACGUGCCGGGGAACUCCACGCGGGACUACAGGCUGGUGUUCAACGUCCAGAGGGAGUGUGUGGCCUUGUUCAAGGUGACUUUCACUAACGAAGACACGGGUGACUUUCAGUUCUACGAAUUGACACUGAAAGUGGGAAAGUGUGGUCCCCUGAUGACUAUACAAAUGAAAACAUUUGUUCGUGUCCCAACGUCGUACAAGCUAAGCCUGAAAAAUCCUCUGCCGCAGAAUGUCGUGUACGCCAUUUCAUGCUCCGCUCAAGAAAUUACAUAUCCAGCGAAGAUCAGCGUUCCUGCUAAGAGUCUUAAGCACGUGACUCUGGAGUACCUGCCCCUGCUGCCGGGGGACAGCCGUGCGUCCCUGGAGGCUGUCUGUGGCGAGCUCGGGUCGUUCCCCUACGAGCUGCAGCUGCAGGCGGCCGCUGCCCCGGCCGAGAAGCCCCUCUCUGUGGCCGCCACGCUCGGCUCCUCCGUCGCGGUGCAGGCUGCCGUCCGCAACUACAGUCGCGCCAGGGCAGACUUCACCUGCAGCGUGAAUCAUGAUGACUUCUACACAGAGAAAAUUCUCAGCAUCUCUUCAUUGAGCACAGGAAGCGUGAAAGUGACGUAUGAACCCAGCAACCUGGGCAACGUGUCUGCUGUUCUGACCGUCUCGUCACCAACAGCAGGAGAGUUUGUAUUCCCACUUGUCGGGAAGUGCCUUCCACCGAAGCCACAAGGGCCGCUGGAACUGAGGCCAGGGGUUGGAAUUGCAAUCCCGUUCAAAAAUGUCUUCCAGGACACUAAAACUUUCAACAUGGCUGUGGACAAUCCGGUGUUCAUUCUCAAAAACCCAUCGGAAACUGUGAAAUCGAAGAAGGAAACCAAAAUUAAUGUGGGACUUCAGCCAAUGAAACACCUAAACAUCACAGACACGAGAAUGCCAGUCACUGGCAAACUGACCUUAUUUUGUUCUGACCCAUGUCUCUCCAGCAUAGUUUGGACCUACUACUUAAAGGGCAUUCUGGAGUAGCAAAUAAAAAACCAGCAAUGUAACUAUUGUAACUAUUAAAAAUAUUUAAUAAAAAUUUUCCUCUGC